GGCGCCGCCGCGCGCCCCGAUGAGCCUCGCGGGGGCGGCUGCCGAGGGCCCGCGCCCCUUCCGCGAGUUCGAGGCCCGCGCGGGCGGGGAGCUGCACCGGCAGCUGCGGCCCCGCCGCCGCCGCCUCGGGUGCGGCGCCGCGCCCUGGACGCCGGAGUGGUUCACCAUUUCCCCGACGCACCUGGUGGCCCUGCCCUCCAUGACCAGCGGCCAGGCGAGCCUCUGCGUUUCCCUGGAGCACAUCCGCGCCGUGGAGGCGUGCCCCGAGAAGGACUGGGGCGCCUGCAGCUUCCGCGUCCGCGUCGCCUCGCAGCUGGGCAGCGCGCCCUGCGACGCGGUGCAGGAGCUGCUCCUGCGCGCCAGGGACGCUGGCGAGAUGCAGAGCUGGGUGAGCGCCAUCCAG